AUGUCGGGCUUUGGAGAGUACACGCCAAACAUGGCUCCCCAGGACGCCCUGAUUGUGCGCCAGGAAGCAGAGCCCGACCACGCCGUCGUCCCCUACACCGGCGAGGACCUCGCCCGCCCGAAGCUAGGGCCCGCGAACCCAUUCAAAGACGAGACAAACACCACCCUGAAGCGCAAAAACGUUCUCACGGGAACGGCGGAGGAGACUUUCCUGUCAGAACACACCUUCCGCAGCAAGCACCGCGCGAUCGAGCGGAAAGGGGGACCGGAGCGCGAGUACCAGACGGGCGAGGCGGUCAAGGAGGAGGCGGCGAGGAUACGCUCCGGGCGCGAGAAGAAGGGCGACGCGUCGAUUGCGGAGGGCGACGGCGCAUACGUCGGUCCCUGGGCGCGGUACCGUCGCGAGGAGUACGAGGUCGUCCGCGAGGGCGAGGAGCUCGCGAGCGAUGAGGAAUACGAAGAAGUCACGGACGACGACGAUGUGGUGGAGAGCGGCACCGUCGUGCGCGCGCCCGAGGCCGCCCUGACUAGGCGGAAGGAGGUCGAGGAGAUGGGUGAGGAGACGACGACGUUCCACGGCGCCGCGGAGCGGGACUACCAGGGCCGGACGUACAUGCACGUCCCGCAGGACCUGGACGUCGACCUGCGCAAGGAGAUUGGCAGCAUCACGAACUACAUCCCCAAGAAGCAGAUCCACACGUGGCGCGACCACAGCAAGGCCGUCACGGCGCUGCGCUUCUUCCCGGGGUCGGGCCAUCUGCUGCUCUCGGCCUCGGCGGACUCGACGGUCAAGAUCUGGGACGUCUACCACGAGCGCGAGCUGCUGCGGACGUACUCGGGCCACUCAAAGGCGGUUGCGGACGCGACGUUCAACAACGACGGCACGCGGUUCCUGUCGGCGAGCUUCGACCGGCAGAUCAAGCUGUGGGACACGGAGACGGGCAGCUGUCUGGGCAAGUUCUCGACGGGCAAGACGCCGCACGUCGUGCGCUUCAACCCGUCUGCGGAGCAUGCGCAUGAGUUUGUGGCAGGCAUGUCGGAUAAGAAGAUUAUCCAGUGGGACACCCGCGCCGGCAACGAGAUUGUGCAAGAAUACGACCACCAUCUGGCCGCAAUCAACACAAUCACCUUCGUCGACGAGGGCCGGCGCUUCAUGACGACCUCAGACGACAAGUCGCUGCGCGCGUGGGACUACAACAUCCCCGUGCCGAUCAAGUACAUCGCAGAGCCGUACAUGUACCCGAUGACGCGGGCGGCGCCGCACCCGAGCGGCAAGUACGUCGCGUUCCAGUCGUCGGACAACCAGAUCGUCGUGUACGGGGCCAACGACAAGUUCCGGCAGAACCGCAAGAAGUCGUACCGCGGGCACAACAACGCCGGCACGGCCAUCGACGUCGACGUGUCGCCCGACGGGCAGUUCCUGGCCAGCGGCGACACGCAGGGCUACGUCUGCUUCUGGGACUGGAAGACGUGCAAGAUGUACCACAAGCUGAAGGCCGGCGACCAGGCCGUCACGUGCGUCGCGUGGCACCCGCAGGAGACGAGCAAGUUUGUCUCGGCGGGCGCGGAGGGGGAUAUCCGGUACUGGGACUAA